CUCUUUUGGCCUGAAAUAUAACCACCAGUACCCACUAGCUCCUACCAAUCAACACAAUGUCACCGCCCCUCCUCUUGCUCUUCUUCCUCCUCUUCUCCAUCUCCACCACCAAUUCCAAUGGAAGCCAUCAUCCUAACUUCUCUGCCAUCCUCUUCUUCGGCGACUCGACGUUGGACACCGGCAACAACGUGUUCAUCCCAACACUAAUCAAGAGCGACCACGUCCCCUAUGGGCUGGACUUCGCCGGCCAUGCAGCCACCGGGAGGUUCUCCAACGGCCUUCUGGUGCCGGACUUGCUUAGCUCCAAGCUUGGCAUCAAACACCUGUCGCCGCCGUUCCUGGACCCGAAGCUAUCGGAGGAGGACAUGCGGACGGGUGUGAACUUCGCGUCGGCGGGGUCGGGGUUCGACGACGUGACGUCGGUUCUGUCGCACACGAUGCCGAUGUCGAAACAAUUGGAGAUGUUCAGAUCUUAUCUUGGCAGGCUUAGAGAGAUGGUUGGGGAGGAGGAAGCUGGUAGGAUUAUUGCCGAUGCGCUCAUGUUUAUUGGCGCGGGAACUAAUGACUUCCUUUUGAAUUACUACGAUGUACCCACAAGGAAGGCAAUGUUUAAUAUAAGUGAGUACCAGGAUUUCAUACUCCACAAAGUGGAGGGUGCUCUGAAGGACAUACAUGAUCUUGGAGGCCGGAGAUUUUGUGUGGUGGGCCUUCCUCCAAUUGGCUGCAUACCUCUUCAAAUCACUGCUAGCUUUAGUCAUUUAUUACAUCGUGCAUGCGUUGAUGAGCAGAACUUGGAUGCGAUCAUCUAUAACUCGAAGCUCCAAAAACUACUCCAUGUGAUGCAAAACUUGCUUCCUAGUAGCAGAUUUGUCUACCAGGACACGUAUAAUCUCGUCAUGAAGAUCUUGAAUAAUCCAGUGAAGUAUGGUUUUGAGGAGACGACAAGAGGAUGCUGUGGGUCAGGACUAAUAGAGGUGGGUCCUCUUUGCAACAUCUUGACCCCACUUUGUCAAGAUGUGUCAUCCUACGUGUUUUUUGAUGCCAUCCACCCAUCUCAAAGAGUUCACAAGCUGGUUGCAGCCUACAUAAUGAAAUAUGUCAUUCCAAAACUGCAAUAAGCCAUCAGAUUGGCUAAUAAAAAUGUAUGCUGAAGGAUGCGCCUCCAUCGAUAUUAGACAUGUCCAUUGUGAGGUGGAUAGCGCAGCGAACUGGAUGGCUAGCUUUGUUGCCAAUCACUCAAGGGGGCCUACUUGGUCGAAUUUUGAUGUUUUGCCACCUUUUUUUAGGAUUAUUCUCUUUUCGGACUUUGUGGGUUUGUAUUCAGACUUGUGUUGUA